GUCGCAGGUGGUUAACAGCGCUCACCAUCACUGUCCACAAUGGACGAGGUUUCUGCUUUUGUUCCACCUGAGGGAGCGCCCAAAAGACAGUUGCGCGACCGCACGACAUCUUUCAACUCUCUUCCCUAUAUAAAACCAGCAAAAUUGCGCGUUGGAAUCGACACGACCAAACCAGUUUUGCGGAAUCGCGCCUCAGCCAGCAGUAUGAAAAGCGCAGGGUCGCCCACCGAGCGGUCUGAAAUCAUCUCUCCCAUACCACGUCGGCAUCUCUUGCAGACGUCGGAAAGCCAGCAUUGGCUACAUCCUCCUGCAACGCCUCCAUUCGCCGUAUCACGCGAGCCCUCUCCUGUUUCUGCGACAUCUACUGUCGCAUCGUUUCGGAGGAGGAAAGCGUCAACCCAACAUAUGAAUUUCAGUGCGUUGAUGGAACAAGAGAGGAUGCGUAGUUUUCCCUCGUAUCAAACAAUAAAGCCAAAUGAUCACGAGGAAGAGCCGGGCGCCGGUAGACGAUGGGUGCGGUGGAUGCACAAAAAUGGGCUGAAGCAGUGGAUAGUACCUAGCGCUGUUGGAGCAGCUAUGUACUGGAAGUGGUGUAUAGGACUGGGAGGUUAUUCUGGAUAUGCAACUCCACCCAUCUAUGGUGACUAUGAGGCCCAACGACAUUGGAUGGAAAUUACAAUCCAUCUUCCAUUUCAUCAAUGGUAUACAUAUGAUUUACAAUAUUGGGGAUUAGACUAUCCGCCACUAACCGCCUACGUUUCAUGGCUUUGUGGAAAGAUCGGUACAAUGUUCAACCCUCAGUGGUUUGCAUUGGAUCAGUCUCGUGGAAUUGAAACACCAGACAGCAAAGUCUUCAUGCGCGCAACGGUGCUCGCCUUGGACACCGUUGUAUAUGUUCCAGCUAUUUAUCUCUUUAUAUGGGCAUGGCAAGGCACUCGAUCAUCAAGGACUCAGCACCUAGCUUUACUUACACUCCUAUUCCAACCUGCACUACAUCUCGUUGACUUUGGACAUUUCCAAUAUAACUCUGUGAUGCUUGGUCUUACGUUGUUUGCGAUGAACAUGUUUGCCUCGGGACAGGACCUCCUCGGUGCUUUCUUUUUCGUUCUAAGUCUUGGAUUCAAACAAAUGGCACUCUACUACGCACCUGCAAUCGGAUCAUAUCUACUAGGAAAAUGCAUAUAUCUCGGUCCCGUACACGGUCUUCGUUUGUUCACUCGCCUGGCAGCCGUCACGGUCGUUACUUUUCUCGUACUCUUUUUGCCGUUCCUCCCUCCUUUUUCUUCCUUCACAACCAUCCUCGAUCCCAUCACCCGCAUUUUCCCUUUCAACCGUGGCCUAUUCGAAGACAAAGUAGCCAACUUUUGGUGUGCCACCAAUGUAGCUUUCAAGUGGAAACACUGGCUAGCAUCAAAUGUCCUCGUGAAGAUAUCAUCUGCACUAACCUUUAUCGGAUUCCUUCCCAGCGUAAUUGGACUCAUACAGGGGUCCAUAAAGACGCGAGUGUGGUCUAGCUCUCAGGAGAGCACGCAGGCAGCCCAGAUCGAGUCAUCCGCAAAUACUCCAACGUUGCCGCUCCUCCCUUACGCUCUACUCACAUCGUCCCUGUCUUUCUUCCUGUUCUCGUUCCAGGUGCACGAAAAGACCAUUCUGCUUCCACUCAUGCCUAUGACCCUUUUACUCUCUGGGUCUUCUCCCGACUCGGCAGCAUUUUCGUGGGGUGCGUUGAUGAACAAUGUAGCCGUCUUCAGUAUGUGGCCUCUUCUAAAGAGAGACGGCCUGGGCAUACAGUACAUAGCAACUCUUGUCGUGUGGAAUCGCUUAAUCGGGUAUAACCCUCUCAGGUUGCGCAAGAAGUCUUUCGUCGACCUGUUAUCCACCGCUGUAUAUGGCGCAUGCGUUUUCUUGCAUCUCCUUGAAUUCGUGUUCACACCGCCCGCACGCUAUCCCGAUCUCUUCCCCGUGCUCAAUGUUCUUGUCAGCACGCCCGUCUUCGUCCUCAUUUGGCUCUGGAGCAUCAAAAGGGGAGUCGAGGUGGGAUGGGCACUCGAAGGCCUUCCAGGCUCUCGUAAUAUGAAAACCAGUGCUUCUCAAGAUCGCUUUGGGGUGGAAAGCACCGCUCAGAGAGCUGCUGCUGCAAACGGCGAAAGUAUGAGGCGUGAUAUGGGCGUGCGGGCUAUGAGCCUGGGGUAUGGAGAGAGUCGUCGAAGGCUGCCGUUCAGGGCUCAAUCUGUUGAAGUGGAGGAGAAUUCAUAGUACUAGCAGCUUAUUUUUAUUUAACCGCCUAUACCUCCAGCACGGAAUGUGAUAUUUUGUAUAUCUCUGUCUGUUACCAAUUUAUUGUAACGGUUCAUCCGGAUCUUUUGGCAAUCUCUUUGAUCAU